CCAGGCUCCUCAUGCGAGUUCUGACCUUUCAAUUCGAGUCUCGACUACAACAAAUACGAGCAUUUCUACGAUGUCGACGUCUGCAACUUGCCCUCAUGCGCACGAAAUAUCUGGUUUGAGAGAACCAAAACUAAGCCAGUCAGUUCAUAGGGAGGAGUGCACGCAAUGCUUUGACAAUCAGGAUGGCCCUACGGGCAUCGACGUUUGCUUGGUGUGCUUUAAUGGAUCAUGUCUCGACUCAGAUCGUCAUCAUACGCGUAACCAUGUCCUCCGAUCAGGACACUCAUUCACCCUGAAUGUCAAGCGCACCCCGAAGAAGAAGGUUUCGAAUCGCGCUGAUGGAGAAGAGCCACCGGCUAAAAUGAAAAAGCUUGCCAUUAAUGAGGAACGCGAAGAAGACAAAUACGAGCAUGCCACUGUAUUCAAGUGUUGGAAGUGUGAUCUGCAGGAUGGAAAAGAAGUAGGGAUCGAUGUCGCAAACACAAAACGUCUAACUGAUGGCGUCAUGCUAUCGCUUUCAUCCGCACGUCAAUCUGAAGUCAAAGCCUGGGAAGAGGAGAUCACGGCUUGCGAGCACACACUUUGUCUGGAACAGCUCCAAAGUGGAACCAUCCCCCAAGAAGGUCUAGCGCAUUGCGCCUCCUGCGAGCUCACCGCAAAUCUCUGGCUUUGCCUUACUUGUGGUGCUCUUGGAUGCGGUCGUGCCCAAUUUGGUGGCACUGGCGGUAACGGCCAUGCGCUGGAACAUUUUAAUACGACCCAGCAUCCUGUAUGUGUAAAACUUGGAACUAUUACGCCCGAGGGCGGAGCUGAUGUAUACUGCUACGCAUGUAAUGAUGCCCGUGUUGACCCAGAGCUUGUAACCCACCUCGGUACCUUUGGUAUCAAUGUCGCGGUACAGAAGAAGACUGAGAAGAGUAUGACUGAACUGCAAAUCGAGCAAAAUCUCUUGUUUGACUUCUCCCUCACGGCCGAGGACGGCUCCGCGCUUCAGCCGAUCUUUGGUGCUGGUGCUACGGGUCUUAGUAACCUCGGAAAUAGCUGCUAUAUGGCCUCCGUUAUUCAGACUCUGUUCUCACUCCCUCUAUUCCAAAUCCGUUAUUAUGGUAAAGGACCUUCCGGCACAACUCCCACCUAUGUCUCUCCGACAGCAGCUGCCCACUGGGAGAAUUGCACUCAGGCCCUCCCUGCAGAUUGCCUGGAAUGUCAGAUGUACAAGCUCGCUGAUGGUUUGCUCAGCGGACGAUACUCUAAUCCUCACUCGGAUCGUGAACAGGCUCCGAUCGAUGCUCUCGCACACCCAACACCUGAACAUACGCCCUGGCAGGCAGGUCUGAAGCCCGCAGGAUUCAAGGCUCUCGUUGGUAAAGGCCACGCCGAGUUCUCCACAAUGCGCCAACAGGACGCGGAAGAGUUCUUUAGUCACCUGUUGACGGUACUUCGACGAUUCAACCACCCAAAUACUCGCGGCGUGUCAGAAGAAUUUGAACCAACCGAAAUGUUUCCCUUUGGCCUCGAGCAACGUCUCCAAUGCCAGUCCUGCCACAGGGUCAGGUAUCGCGUAGACACGAUGGAUGUACUUAGUCUCGGUGUACCUGCUCAUGAACUCGCUGAUGGCGAAGCGGAUACGGGUCCAGGAGCGGCAACUGCUGGUGCAUCGGACGAAAGUGGUCCCGGAAAGAAGCGGUACUGUUCCGUUUCUUUGGAGCAGUGCUUGAACCUAUUUCUCGGACCGGGUGGACAAGAGGCUCUGGAGUACCAGUGUGAGGGAGGCUGUGGAAAAGUGAAUGCUGUCAGGCAGGUGCAAUUUGCUACCUUCCCCGACGUUCUGGUGCUACAUGCAAAGAAGUUCCAGCUCGUCAACUGGGUCCCAACGAAGCUAGACAUACCUGUGAUCCUGCCCGAGAAUGAUGAACUUAAUCUUGAUAACUACCUUGGGCAUGGACUUCAGCCUGACGAAGUGGAGUUACCAGAUAGUUCCAACACUUCAGGUCCUUCUCAGCCUGAAGUUGACGCCGAAGCACUCUCUCAGCUUGAGGCUGUGGGCUUCCCGACUGUCAGUUGUCGGAAUGCUCUGAUCGCAACUGGCAACGCUGGGGCUGAAGUCGCCAUGGAAUGGUUAAUCUUGCACAUGGAGGACCCAGACAUCAACGUACCCAUUCAAACAGCAGGAUCGGGAAAUGCUAAUGCACCAGAACCACCCGCGGAGCAGGUAGCCAUGCUUGCUGAUAUGGGCUUCACGAAUGCGCAAGCAAAGAAGGCGUUGAGGGAGACCGAUGGAAAUGUAGAACGCGCUGUCGAAUGGCUAUUUAACCACCCCGAUGACACUGGUGAAGAUACUGCACCAGCUACUUCAUCUACAGAAACCAAAAAGGCUCCUCCUGGUUCAUCGCGCUUGCCUGCUCGAUACAGGCUGAAGGCCUUCAUAUCACACAAAGGUCCCAGCGUUCAUUCUGGACAUUAUGUCGCACACAUUCGUAUGCCGAGAGGCGAUGCGAUGGAUGUGGAUGAUGCAGCUGGAGAUUGGGUACUUUUCAACGAUGAGAAGGUUGUGCGAGCGGAUGAAACGAGCGUCAGGGAUCUGAAGAAAUUGGCGUAUAUGUAUAUUUUCGAGAGGGAGUAAAAGAAGAAGAAAACGGCGAGGAAAGUUAAGUUGUUCUAAAGACCAAAGACUCAGGUGUAUUUCUAGUUCACACGCCCUGCAUUGGAAUGUAGAGUUAACAUCAAUCACGAUCGACUACACAAUCCCUUCAUCUGCUCAGCAUCUAAGGCUAUCUGUCACAUCGACAUACCAGAUCGUGAAAUUUUUAUUGAACUACCUUGUGGAGCUAGGGAA